GUCUGUCUGUCUGUCUGUCUGCUGCAGCAGCAGUUCAGUCCCAGUGGAUGAUGGUUAAAUAUGGACUAAAUGUUUAGCGCCAGCAGCCAGAGAGCUGAGCGACCCGUGAGAAUAAAACGGGUCCGUUUUAUUCAAAUUUGGAAACCAUAUAACCCCCGCGGUUAUUUAUGGCUUCUGGCUCGGAGGAUGAUGGCGGGAACACGAGCGGCGCUGCGUGGAGACUGGUCGGACCGGCCUCGGAGCUUUCCAAAAAGCCCUGCCGUCUAAUGUUCUCUCCUCUCGGCCGCGACAGCGAUGUCUGCCUCUUUUAUGUCCAGCGGCAGUUUUUCGCCAUGGACGCUCGGUGCGCUCACUCCGGUGGUCCUCUGUGUGAGGGGGAUAUCGAAGAGGCUGAUGGAGUCCUGAGAGUCUUCUGCCCCUGGCAUGACUAUGGUUACGACCUCAAAACUGGAAAGUCUGGGACAUCAUUAGAGCAACAAGUUUAUGAGGUGAAGCUGGUGGAUGGCAACGUGUAUGUGAAGCACGCAUCUCAUCUCUCCCUGAGGCCUUUUCCAGCUAAUCAGAAAAACUGAGUUAUUUUAGAGCAUCUGGUUCAAUCUAUUUCUAAGACUUUUUCCACAAACACAAGUCAUCCGAAAACAUUCCAGAGCCUUAUCUCUGCUCCUUAGAGCUGCUUCUACUUUGCUGUGAACGAGAGACUAAGGAGACUGUCUGAAGAGGACAAUGAGAUCACUCCAUUGUUUUUCUUCUUACUAUACAGCAAAAAAAAUAAAGCUCUGGAGACGGAGAGUUGUAAGAUGCUUAAGUAUAGAACAUAAAGCAAAUACAGUUAGUAAUACGAUUUGAACUCGUCCACUUUUGUCAUGUUCCAACACUGUGUUUGAUUCAGACAUGAUUUCAAAUAUAGGGAUACAGAUGCAUUGUUUGUUUUGAUUUUAUUGCAUUUUCAAACAGAUGAAACUCAAAAAUGGCUUUCUUGGAUUUUUACCCUGUUUACUACGAUACUCUGAAAUAAAAUAUUGUGAUACCAGCUGCA